UUCUUCUUCUUCUUCAUCUCUUUUGUUUCCCAGCUUUCAUUAAUUUGGUUUCUUUUCUUCGGUUUUUGAUCAAAUUAUUUACCAACCCUUCACAACAUUAUAUACAAUAUAUAUAAAUCACUAGUACUUUUUUUUUUUUAGUGGUGAUUUCAAUGUCUGAGGACAUGAAUUUAUCAAUAAACGGCCAAUCUCAGGUUCCUCCCGGAUUCCGGUUUCAUCCCACCGAAGAGGAGCUUCUUCACUAUUAUUUAAGGAAGAAAGUGGCUUUUGAGAAGAUUGAUCUCGAUGUGAUUCGUGAAGUUGAUCUUAACAAGCUUGAACCAUGGGAUAUCCAAGAGAAGUGCAAGAUAGGAUCCACGCCGCAGAAUGAUUGGUACUUCUUUAGUCACAAGGACAAGAAAUACCCGACCGGGACUAGAACGAACCGCGCCACCGCGGCCGGGUUUUGGAAGGCGACCGGACGGGAUAAGAUCAUCUAUAGUGGGUUUAGAAGGAUUGGAUUGAGAAAGACCUUGGUGUUUUACAAAGGAAGAGCUCCACAUGGACAGAAGUCCGACUGGAUUAUGCAUGAAUAUAGGCUAGAUGAAAGCACCGGCCAUGAGUCCACUACUGUUUCUAAUCCGAUAUCGGUGGAUUCGGUACCGGAGGACGGGUGGGUGGUUUGCCGGGUGUUCAAGAAAAAGAAUUACCAGAAAGCACUGGACAGUCCCAAAUCAUCGUCCAAUAUGUCCGUGGACUCGAACAACUCUCAUCACCACCAUCAUCAGAUGCAAUGUUCAAGAAACGACGGUGUUUUGGAUCAGAUACUCCUCUACAUGGGAAGAACUUGCAAGCUUGAAAACGAUUCCCUAACCACCAACAACAAUAUAUCCGAGAGGUUUCUCUCAUCAAAUAACAACAACAACAACAUGGUUGGUCAUCAUGAUCAUCAUACAGUUCUUCAUGAAAGAUUCAUGCAUCUUCCUAGGCUCGAGAGCCCAAGUACUAUCCCUAACUCACUUCCCAUCAACAAUUUUGAUAAUCAUCAUCAUCAUCAUCAUGAUCGUGGUUUUAAGUCCUAUCAAUCAAUGGACGAGAUGCUCUUGGACACCGACCCUCACCAGAGCGAUAACCUUCACGAGCCCAAUCCCACCAACUGGGUGGCGCUUGACCGGCUCGUGGCAUCGCAGCUCAACGGCCAAGAGCCGGAGACGUCGAAGCCGCUAUCCUGCUUCGGCGACCCUAACAUGACGGCGACGUCGUUUUGCAGCCCCGAUCCACCGGAAGACGAGGACGACGUCGUACAGUUGUCGUAUCCGUACGGCCUGCGGUCCGGUACUAGUACUGCUGCUUUAGCCAGUAGAGGCUCGCAGGCUCAAGUCUACAAUGAGAAUGACCUAUGGAGCUUUGCCAGAUCAUCAUCGUCGCCGUCGUCGUCAGACCCGUUAUGCCACUUGUCAGUAUAAGAGAAGCUUUUUGAAUAAAUACAUAACACAAUAUAUAUAUAUAU